AUGCUGUCGUACAUCGCACAUCGGCGCGCCUGUCAGGCGAAGCAGCGAGAGCGUCGGGAGCGCAUUCAGAACCUCCCGCCGAUCUACCAUGAACCCCUGUCGCCUGCAGAUAAGAGCAUCCUGGCGCAGCCCGCGUCUCAAAUCGUGGCCGGCGUACAGGCGGGCACACUGAGCCCCUCGGACGUCCUGGCGGCGUACGGCAAGAAGGCCCUGAAGGCGCACGCGGCGACGAACUGCCUCACCGAGGUGCUCAUCGCGCCGGCGGAGGAGUGGGCGAAGACAUGUAACACGCAGGGUCCGCUCGCGGGCAUGGCCGUCAGCCUGAAGGACACCGCGGCGAUUCCGGGGUUCGACAGCUGCAUCGGGUACUCGGCGUGGGUGGGCAAACCGUUGCGGAAGGAGUCCGCGUUGGUGCGGCUCCUGCGCGAUGCGGGUGCGGUGCCGUUCGUGAAGACAAACGUGCCGAUCACCCUGCUGUCGUUCGAGUCGACAAAUGACGUCUUUGGGACGACGACGAACCCGCACGGAAAGGACUACACGCCCGGUGGGUCGACCGGUGGGGAGGCGGCAUUGCUGGCCUACGGGGGGUCUCGUCUCGGUAUCGGGACGGACGUUGCGGGGUCUGUGCGUGCACCAGCCCACUACGCGGGAGUCUAUACGAUCAAAGCGUCAAUGGGCCGGUUCCUGAAGACGGGGAAUCCUACCAGUAUGCCUGGGCAGGAAGGGGUUCCCGCUGUCUACUCGCCUAUGACGCGAACACUGGAGGACCUUGAGAUGUUCUGGAAAGCCAUAAUGAGCAUGGAGCCGUGGAACUAUGAUCACUCGGUCUUGUCUAUUCCGUGGCGUGAAGUACAUCUGCCAGAGGCGAAAGAUAUCCGCUGGGGUGUCAUGUACAGUGACGGUGUUGUGGCUGCAUCGCCUGCAUGCUUCAGGGCUUUGAAGUUAGUGACUUCCACGCUAGUAGCCCACGGGCACCAAGUCGUAAUUGCAGAACCUCCAAGCCCAUACGAGGGUCUCAAGAUUGCAUCGCAGCUGCUCCUUGCCGAUGGAGGCAAGACCUGCAUUAAACCCAUGCGAUCCGGAGAGUCGAACGACCCUGGCGUCCGUGAGGCGAUCGCGAUGUUCCGCGUGCCACGCUUCAUCAAGAAGCUCUAUGCCUGGUACCUGCGGUACAUACGCCGCGAUGAAGUCUACGCGGGACUCAUCGAGGUCUGGCACGAGAAGACGGUGCCAGAAUAUCUCGCGCUCGUUGCCCGGCGUGAGGCAUACCGCGAGUACUGGUUCGAGUGGAUGCGUAAGGAAGGGCUGGACUUCAUAUUGACCGUGCCGAACGCGCUGCCCGCCGUCCCGCACGGAGGCAUGAAGGAGGGCUUCAAGGCCUGCGGGUACACCUUCCUGUUCAAUCUGCUCGAUUAUUCGGCAGGCGUAUUGCCUGUAACGCAUGUCGAUAAGGACCUUGAUGCGAUUGGGAAAGUCAAAGGAUCGAACGCCAUAGAGGCCGGACAGUACUCCAUGUACGACGCGCAGAAGAUGCAUGGGCUGCCGGUUGGUGUACAAGUGGUCGGCAAGCGUCUUGAGGAAGAGAAAGUUUUGGAGGGCAUGAAGCUCAUCGAAAGACUUCUGAGGGAGGAUGGGAAGGGUUAUCCCUUGUUGCACGUUGACGAUUGA